AUGGAUAAGUUAUUAGCAUGGUCAGUUGCUCAACAAUCUGGUGAUAAAGAAGCCAUUGAAAAGAUUGGUAAGCCAGAUGAAAAAGUCCUUUCACAAUUAUUCGGAGGUCCUGAUGAACCAACCUUAAUGAAACAAUCCAUUGAUAUCGUUAAUGAUCCUACUGUUGAAUUAAAAGAUAAAGAAAUUGCUUUAGAGAAUUUCGAAAUGUUGAUCGAAAACUUGGAUAAUGCUAAUAAUAUUGAAAAUAUGAAAUUAUGGUCAUCCAUAGUUAAACUUUUAGAUGGUGAAACUCCUGAUUCUUUAAGGAUUUUAGCCGUUUCCAUCAUUUCCAUAGCCGUACAAAAUAAUGAUAAAGCUCAAGAUGAUUUCUUGAAAUAUGAUGGAUUUGAAAGAUUGUUGGCCAUUUACCCUGAUGCCAGUUUCACUUUGAAAUUGAAAGUUUUAUUUGCCAUCUCAUCAUUGAUCAGAAACAAUUUGAACUCAUUUAAAUUCUUCAAUAAAUUAAAUGGUUGGGAGAUUUUGAAAGCCCCUGAAGAUGUUGAUUCUAAACAAAAGGAUAAACUCAAUAUCAGAUUAUUAUCAGUUAUAUCAUCUAUCAUUUCCAAUACAAAAGAAUUCAAACCAGAAAUUGAACCUAAAUUGAAUGAAUUCAAGGUGAUUUCCUUCAUCAUUGAUAACUUGUCAUCUAACAUAAACUGCAGUGAAAAAUCCUUACAAAACUUGAAUCAAUUGAUCAAUUUGAAUUAUAAAUUCGAUGAUGAUGAAUUAUCACAAUUAACAUCUUCAAUAAAACAAAUACAGCAUUUAAAAGAAGAUUACCCUACAGAAUUCAAAGCUAUAGAAUCUAUCACUAAAUAG